AGCCUCUCUCUCUCUCAUCUCAUCACCUCAUUUUAGAGAGAGAGAGACUCGGCCAUAACGAACUCGCUUCUAAGUUCUUUGACUCAGUUUGUACGUACUGAGUUUCCUUCUUCUUUCAAUCCCUUUGACUCGUUUUCUUCGCAUUCUUAAUACUAUUAUAAUCUGUAUAUAUAUUGAUAUGAUUAUGGUCAAAGCUUUGAUCUUUUCUGUCUCUCAGCUCUCUGAAAGAUUUUGACUGACCAUGCUGCAAAUUAGUAGCUUUGGAGUGAAAUGAGUAAUGAAAUGAAUGCUAAAGUUCGAACUGUUAGAUGCCCCAAAUGCCUUCAUCUUCUUCAAGAGCCUGCAGAUUUUCCUGUCUACAAAUGUGGAGGCUGUGGCACAAUUCUUCAAGCUAAGAGAAGGAAAAAUGAUAGCACUGAUCCUCAGCCCUCCUGUGCUCCUGUAGAGGCGGAACAGCCUCGGAGUUCAGCUGAAAACGAAACCAAUGGGCCCCACAAAGAAUCGUCUCCCUCCCCUGAAAGAGACGACACUUUGAAGGGAAAAACCGGCAUCGAAAGGAACCAAGACGAAAAGGAACAAUGCGGAGGCGAAAAGCUUCCAGGCUCAAAAAGCCAGGAAAGUUCUUCCCCAUUUUGCCCCUCCGGAAUCACACGCGAGCUCGAGAGCCCAGAAUCACACAUGUGUACAGAAGCAGCAGACCAAAGCCCCGCAAACGGGAGCGUGUCAUCGGAGAACACCGCGCGCAUUCGCCAUGAAAGUUCCGACAAGGAAAUUUCCCGUGGUUUGGACAGAAGCUUUUAUGACUGUUAUGAUGGCAGUGCAUCUUCUUGUGAUGGGGAAGGAGAAAUCCUCAGUGUUGAUAAAGUCCCCUUUUUUAUGAAUUGCCAUGGAAGCCCUUCAACUUCUAGGAAAUCAGACUUUGGGCCACCGAGCAGCGGGAUCAUAGACCCAGAGCCUGACAGGAUGGAGCUCGUGAGGACGAUCUGUGAACUUGAGGACCAAAUCUGCAAAAUGCGUCUCCAAAGCGUAGCAAAUGCCAACAGAGAUCCAUUUCACAUGAAUACAAUGAAUUCCCGCGGUGGCCCUUCAACUUAUAGGAAAUCAGACUUUGGCCCCUCCAGCAGCACGGUCGCUGCUGAUCCAGCAGGACCUGACAGGAUAGAACUCUUGAGGAAGAUGAUCUAUGAGCUCGAAGACCAAAUUGACAAACUUCGUCGUGGGAAUGGAAACUGCCCUCACAGUACAUAUCAUUCAAGACAAUCUCAAAUUCCGAGAAUGCCCUUUUCGGGAGAGGUCCAGCGUUCCUCAGCACAACUGCCCGGGGGCUGCAUUUACUGUAAUACCCCUUGCUCAAGCUCACCAAGUCCAGGGCAUUCCUCUCUGAGCAGCCUGGAGAGAUUCCACCUGAGGGAGAAGUAUGCUAAAAAGCGCCAUCUUCUUCCGGUGGCCAGUGGGGCCCCCAUCGUAGCGUGCCACUACUGUUCGGAGCUGUUGAAGAUUCCGGCGGAUUUUGGGCUCUUCAAGAGAAGAUUCCACCGACUGAGGUGCCACGCGUGCAGGAACAUCCUCAGAUUCUCAGUUCAGAAUGGGAAACACGUGGUCCCGCACUUCAAGGAGAUGGUAGCGCCUCCACCCAGCGAGGAUGAUGACAUCAGCAAUGGGACCCCGGAAAACGUGGGGAGAGAAUCGUCUUCGCCACUUCACCGGCUCAUGGGAUACUCCACGGUCAGUCAAGUGAUGAAGAAGUGAGAUCCAUUCUUGUCCCUCAGGGUCUGUUUGGAUUGAGAGCUUAGUCUAUAUAUAGAAUGAUUUUUUUAAAAAAAAAAAAAGUGAAUAAAGGGCUAUUGAAAUGUUUUAGGAUAGUAUAUAAUGUUAAUAUUCUAGUGUUAUUUAAUUUUUAAAAAAUCUUACAUUUAUCAAGAUAAAGUAAUAUAGACUAAAAAGCCUUCAAAAACUUACCCAUCAAAGCCCUCCUUCCAAACAGACCUGCAAAUUUGUGCAAUGUAAAUUCAAAUGUCUUUUUUUGGAUUACAGAGGAACUGCCAGUUUGGAUUCUCUACACAUAUAGUUGUUUUUUUGAUGAGUUUGCGAGCAAAUGAAACCCAUACAUAAAUUCUCAUACUCCGAGAUUUUUUUUAAUGUUCGAUUUUUUAUGGGUUCGGUUUGAUUCGACUAAAUGUGCUGUUACGGU